AUGGGUCUCAUCCGCCGCGCCCUCAAGCUCACCACCCUCGGCGGCACCGCCACUCUGGGCGCCUUCUUCUUCGCCACGCGCAACUCCACCUUCGUCCCUCUCCCGACCACCGACCCCAUCUUCCACACCCCGGGCUACCAGACCCUGAAUCCGCACAACAACCCCACGAGCCACGACCUGUGCAUCCGCCGCGUGCGGCUGGCGGACAUCAAUCCCUCGCUGCUGGAGAAGAAGGGCAAAUUGACCGAGGCGUUCUGCGCGGGCGUGUGGAGUGGUUGGGGAUACGCCUACCAACGCCGCUACCUCUCCAAGAAAUACGAAUCCCCAGCCACAGCGACGGACCUGUGGACCCGGGAGCAGCUGCGCUCCGCCAACUACGAGGUCGGCACGCGCAUCACCGACCACUUCGAGGUCGUGGAAAAAACCCCCGAGCGGAUCGUGGUGCGGUGCGGCGAUUCCCCCCGCAAGACCGGGGUGCGCGACUCCGACGGGCUGUUUGAGAUCUCGGCGGUGGUCAAGCCCGAGGAGGGGGUGGCGGAGUUUGGGUUGAAGAGUGUGUUCUUUAAGGGGACGCCUUCUGAAAAUGCGGGGGGGCCGCCUAUGCCGGCGCAUGUGUUUUGGUUGCAUAAGCAGUAUACGAAGUUGUGGAUGGAGACGGGGGUGUGGAAUGUUUUGCGGUAA